ACUCUCCCCGGGGGGCCCUCUCCCCGGGCACCCUCUUCUCGCCCGGGCACCCUCUCCUCGCCCGGGCACCCUCUCCUCGCCCGGGCACCCUCUCCUCGGGUGCCCUCUCCCCGGGUGCCCCAGGUGCCCUCUCCCCGGGUGCCCUCUCCCCGCCCUCUCCCCGGGCCGUCCGUCCUGCGGGCGCCUCUCUCCUCUCGUCCUGCGGGCGCCUCUCUCCCGCUUGCGCCGCUGGCCUCUCCCGCGGCGCUGCAUCCUCUCCGCCUCUUCUGGCUGGAGGCCGACGGCAGCCUCGGCCUCUUUCGCCUCUCUCAGUCUCUCUCUCAGUCUCCCUGGACCGUCUGUCCUGCGGGCGCCUCUCCCUGCGGGCGCCUCUUCUCGCUCGGGCACCCUCUCCUCGCCCGGGCACCCUCUCCUCGCCCGGGCACCCUCUCCUCGGGUGCCCUCUCCCCGGGUGCCCCAGGUGCCCUCUCCCCGGGUGCCCUCUCCCCGGGUGCCCUCUCCCCGGGUGCCCUCUCCCCGCCCUCUCCCCGGGCCGUCCGUCCUGCGGGCGCCUCUCUCCUCUCGUCCUGCGGGCGCCUCUCUCCCGCGGCGCAGCUUGCGCCGCUGGCCGCGGGCUGGCCUCUCCCGCGGCGCCGCAUCCUCUCCGCCUCUUCUGGCUGGAGGCCGACGGCAGCCUCGGCCUCUUUCGCCUCUCUCAGUCUCUCUCUCAGUCUCCCUGGACCGUCUGUCCUGCGGGCGCCUCUCCCCGCGGGCGCGCCUCUCCCCGCGAGAAGAAGCUAG